AUGCAGACCAUCAAAUGUGUCGUCGUGGGUGAUGGUGCCGUCGGAAAGACCUGCUUGUUGAUAUCUUACACAACUAAUAAAUUCCCGAGCGAGUAUGUUCCGACUGUGUUUGACAAUUACGCGGUGACUGUCAUGAUUGGUGAUGAGCCUUAUACCUUGGGUUUGUUUGAUACUGCCGGCCAGGAGGAUUAUGACCGGCUUAGACCUCUCUCGUAUCCUCAGACGGAUGUUUUCCUUGUUUGCUUCAGCGUAACAUCUCCGGCAUCAUUUGAAAACGUCCGCGAGAAGUGGUUUCCAGAGGUGUUCCAUCAUUGCCCUGGUGUCCCGUGCCUUAUCGUCGGAACGCAAAUUGACUUACGCGACGAUCAGAGCGUACGUGAGAAGCUCGCACGCCAAAAGCAAGCACCUGUUUCGGAGGAAGAGGGUAAAAAGCUUGCAAACGAACUUGGUGCAGUAAAGUAUGUCGAGUGCUCUGCACUCACACAGAAGGGGCUGAAGAACGUUUUUGAUGAGGCUAUUGUGGCAGCGCUGGAACCGCCUGUAGUGAAGAAGAAAGGUGCAAAGUGUGUCGUCCUUUAA